AGAUGGAGGGAGGGAGGGAGUAGAGGCAGUGACAGAAAAAGAGAAGUAGUGAGCGAUGGAGAGAACAGAGAGAGAGAGAGAGAGAGAGAGAGAGAGAGAGAAUGAGAGGAUCAGCGCUCGUGCACUCUGUACCUGUAAUUAUAAAAGGGCGGGAAAGUUAAAGCGGUUAAAGGCGUGACGGAAGCGCCGGCGGGUUUUUACAGAAACGCAGGCAGCGUGUUUAGGCGGCGCGCGCACGACAGCUCGGGUUUAUUUAUUUAUUUAUUUGUUUGUUUGUUUGUUUGUUUGUUUAUCUACCUGUACCUGUAACCUAAACGCGCUGUGUGAGGACUGAGCCGUGCAGCUGGUGCGCGUGGGAGGCACUGCGUCCAGGCGCGUGGACGCGCUCGAGACCGUCACCGAGGCUUCGACCGAAACCGUGAAUGUGCGCCGUCGUGUGCAGCGCUGUGUAACUGUCUGCUCUCCUCACGUGCGCAUUCGGCGCCGUUUGUGUCCGUGUGUGUGUCCGUGUGUGAGUGUGUGUGUGUGUGAGAGUGUGUGUCCUCCCCUCCCGACAAAAAAAAAAAAAAAAAAAGAAAAAAGAAAGAGAGAAGAAGGAUGCGAUGUUGACGGAAUAUCCACCUCAGAGGACCGGGAACGGCAGGCACGCGGACCUGUUCCACCGGCUCCACUGCGGAACGAUGCGCUCGCGACUCUGAAAAAAAGAGGAAAAGAGGAAAAGAGGAAAAGAAAUUCCCGCCGGAUCGCGUGCACUUUGUGCUUUGUGCUAAAAACGAGUGAAAGGUUUGGUUUUUCCUCCCACACACUUCAGCAGUGAUGAAGGUAAACACAAGGACGCCGGCGGACCGCCGCCGCUGCGACUCCGCAACUUAAACGGAUUUAACGGGGAAAACAAAUACAAUAAAAACGACACGACACGACAUGGGGAACGAUAUAAUCAGCGAUUAGAAUGCUGGAAAUGUGUAAAGAAGACAUCGGGGGCUGAAGCCGAGAAUCAUGGGAGUCGCAGUACGCCUGGCACUGAUGGCCUGGGCUCUGCUGGGCUGGUCUCAGGCAGCUGAGAGCGCACCCUCUCUGAGUGUGGCGGUGAUCCUGGGCGAGACUCGUGGUGUCCCCGAACGGGCAUUGCGCCCAGCACCAGGCAUUGGAGCACCACUGGACAUCAGUGUGCUCGCUGUGCAGGUGAACUACACGGACCCAGGCAGCAUGCUCACCCACCUGUGCCAGCUCAUGGCACGUCAGCGAUUGCAUGGCCUUGUGUACGGUGACGGAACUGACCAGGAAGCUAUCGCCCAGAUGCUGGACUUUGUCUCUUCCCAGACUGCCAUGCCCAUCCUGGGCGUCCAUGGAGGUGCAGCCAUGACCAUGGCUGAGAAGGACGACAGCUCCUCUUUUUUCCAGUUCAGCGCCUCACUCCAUCAAGAAGCCCUGCUCAUGCUGGCUGUCAUGGAGGAAUACGACUGGCACGUCUUCUCCGUCGUAACGACCAGGUUCCCCGGUCACCAGGAGUUCGUCGCCACCAUCCGCGUGACCGUGGAGCACAGUUUCGUGCGCUGGGACCUGCAGAGCGUGGUGACGCUAGACGGCGUGGGCGAGCCUGAGGACAGAGCGCACGUGCAGCUCAAGCGCAUCCAGUCGCCUGUCAUUCUGCUCUACUGCUCCAAGGACGAGGCCGAGCUGGUGCUGGUCGAGGCCCGAUCGCUCGGGUUGGUCGGCGCCGGCUUCGUGUGGAUCGUUCCCAGUCUUACAUCCGGCAACCCAGAGCGCACACCUGAAACCUUUCCCCCGGGAAUGAUUUCCAUAGCGUACGACGAGUGGGACUAUCCGCUGGAAACCCGCGUGAGGGACGCGGUGGGGAUUUUCAGUCAUGCCGCGGCCGCCAUGUUUCGAGAGCAAGGCCGCAUACCGGACGGAACAGUCAGCUGCUCGGGUCAAGCGGAGAAGCCAGAGGUUCCUCCAAGUGCGUUACGCAGGUAUAUGAUGGGUGUAAAUCUGGAGGGCAGAGAUCUGUCGUUCAUGGACGAUGGUUAUCAGGUGAACCCUAAACUGGUGGUUAUUGUACUCAACACCGAGAGGGAAUGGGAGAAGAUGGGCCGCUGGGAGAACCAUUCGUUGAUACUGAAAUUUCCCGUGUGGCCUCGGUACAACUCCUUUGGAGACGCAGAAGCGGAUGAAAAUCACCUGAGCAUCGUGACGUUAGAGGAGAAGCCGUUCGUUAUCGUGGACGACGUGGACAUUCUGACGGGGACGUGCAUGCGCAACUCUGUCCCCUGCAGGAAACACAUCAAAGAUAACACUACAGGUGGAUCGUAUCUAAAGCAGUGCUGUAAGGGCUUCUGUAUCGAUAUCCUGAAGAAAAUCGCCAGGAACGUAAAGUUCACGUACGACCUUUAUCUGGUGACUAACGGCAAACACGGCAAGAAAAUCAACAACGUGUGGAACGGCAUGGUGGGCGAGGUGGUCUAUAAGAAGGCCGUGAUGGCUGUCGGUUCGUUGACCAUAAAUGAGGAGAGGUCAGAGGUCAUCGACUUCUCCGUGCCGUUCGUAGAGACGGGGAUCAGCGUCAUGGUUUCCCGCAGCAACGGAACCGUAUCGCCCUCGGCCUUUCUGGAGCCGUUCAGCGCGUCGGUGUGGGUGAUGAUGUUCGUCAUGUUACUCAUCGUCACCGCAAUCGCCGUCUUCCUGUUUGAGUUCAUCAGUCCACUGGGUUUCAACAGAAACCUCGCGCAGGGCAAAGACCCUCAUGGUCCGUCUUUCACCAUUGGCAAGGCCAUCUGGCUUCUGUGGGGUCUCGUAUUCAAUAACUCUGUACCAGUACAGAACCCUAGAGGCACGACCAGUAAGUUCAUAGUGUCCGUGUGGGCCUUCUUUGCCGUGAUCUUCCUGGCCAGUUACACUGCGAACCUGGCUGCCUUCAUGAUCCAGGAGGAGUUUGUGGACCAGGUCACUGGGCUCAGUGACAGAAAAUUCCAGAGCCCGUAUUCCUUCUCGCCGCCAUUUCGUUUUGGUACAGUACCAAAUGGCAGCACUGAGAGGAACAUCAGGAAGAACUACCCAGACAUGCACCAGUACAUGGUCAAGUACCACCAGUCUGGCGUCCAGGAUGCACUGAUCAGCCUUAAGACGGGCAAGCUGGAUGCGUUCAUCUACGACGCGGCUGUGUUGAACUACAUGGCAGGGAGAGAUGACGGCUGUAAGCUGGUGACCAUCGGCAGCGGCUACGUCUUCGCCACCACUGGUUACGGUAUCGCCCUCCAGAAAGGAUCCUACUGGAAGCGGCUUGUGGACCUUGCCAUUCUAGGGAUCAUUGGGGAUGGUGAGAUGGAGGAGCUGGAGGCUCAGUGGCUCACGGGUAUCUGCCAUAAUGAGAAAAAUGAAGUGAUGAGCAGUCAACUGGAUGUGGACAACAUGGCUGGUGUGUUCUACAUGCUGGCAGCUGCCAUGGCGCUCUCUCUACUCACCUUCUUCUGGGAGCACCUGUUCUACUGGCGACUGCGUUACUGCUUCACUGGAUUAUGCUCGGGACGACCUGGACUUCUCUUUACCAUAAGCAGGGGUAUCUGGAGUUGUAUUCAUGGUGUUCAUAUUGAGAUGAAGAAGCUUCCUGAGUUGGAUUUUAGUCCUCAGGCCAACAUGUUGCACCUGCUGAAAUCAGCCAAAGAGAUUACCACUCUGGGGGUAACCUCACCUAAACGGCCCGUCUCCAGCCUCCUCCCUCCUACGCCCGGACUGCUAGAACUUGUGAGUGGUAGCAAAGGAAAUAACCUUGCUCCAAAAGAUGCAAUCUACAACAAUACCAACACCAUGCUUGCAAACCGCCACAAAGAACCUCUAAACAACACCCUUUUGCCAGGUCAGUGUGCCCUUAGCCUAGCUGAUGCCCAGUCUGGUGUAGCAGGUAGCGGAGGCACAGGAGGUGGUGGUGGUGAAUCAGGACUACCUGCUUCCAAGUCCCGUGCUCUCUGGAAGAAGUCAGUUGAAACUCUGCGACAGAACCAAGGACCUACCAAAAAUUCCCCACCUCCCUCUGGACCAGUCUUUGAGCCACAUGCUACUAUGAAAAGCCAGAGGUAUUUGCCUGAAGACCUGCCUGCAUGCUCAGACAUGUCUGAUUGUUCUGGCCGCAUGGACCUACAGAAGCAGCACAAGGUCAAAGAGACGCUCCGGAAGCGUAACCGCCUGCCACGGGACCUAAGUGACGUAGAACUCUCUGCAUUGCCCGGCCAAGCCUGCCAGCAGAGCAAUCACAGUGCUCAGAUCUAUUCCCAGAAUAGUCAGAGCAGCCAGAUCUACACGAUUGACUCUGUAGAUCAGGAGCAUGGACUACACUACCCAGACAUAUUCAACGAGCACAGAGACAACAAGCAUCGCCCUCCGUCUUCUUCAGAGCAACAGCCAAUACUGCAGCUUAACAGCAACCUGUUCCCUCAGGCUCACGAGCCGGACGUCAUGCAGAACGCCACAACUGCUGCCAAGGAGAAGAAGUACAAUACUUACGGAAAGCCUGGUGGGGUAGGACUCAGUCCAGCAGUGACCACUGCCGCCCAGGACCACAGACAAACCCACUGCCGUAGCUGUCUUUCAAAGUUCUCCGGCUAUUCUGGGCUUUAUACUAUGCGACCUCCUCAGUAUCGCUGUGAGGCCUGUCUGCAUUCUGCCAACCUGUAUGACAUAAGUGAGGAUCAGUUCCUGCACCCUAACGUAGGUGCCAUUCGAGGCGGGAGUGUAGACAGGAGCUUCUGUGCAUUUCUGCCACAUCCCAAUGCUUCCUUCACGGCCUACCUUCCCCAAAGCGACCAGGAAGGAGAAGGGCUGAUUAGUCACUAUCAGAACGAGGGCAUUUACAUCCAUCGCCAGCACUCUUAUGAGAACCUGCCUCAAAAGAAUUCAUCACGACGCGUGAGCCUUCAGGACAACACUCCUCACACUAACCUGCACACAUCCACCAUGGUCCCGGAUAAGCUUCCAAAGAGCCAGUCGGCACAGUUUAACCACACGCUUGCUUCAGUAGGCGUUAGCGGGCUUGGCAUUGGCCGGCGCAGCAAAUCAAUGUACCCAGCACGUCCAACCGAGAACCCUUUCCUGCAGACGCUCCGCGACGACCAGCGCCUGGCUCAUGGCCGCAGCUCCACGGACAUUUACAAACAGCUGGUGCCACUUACAUUAAGUCCAGUUGUCGACGGCAAGGGGCUCGGCAUAGGGGUGGCGACACCUGACCUCUUUUACCCCGAGCAUGUAAUGCCUUAUGUAGCCCUUUCCCCAGUCGGCACAUUCCCAGCCCCGAGAGCAAUGAGUGCCGGUGGUGCACGACGCGUCUACAAGAGGAUGCCCAGCAUUGAAUCCGACGUCUGAAAGGUUGAAAAAAACUGCGAACCAAUGAGAUAGCGACUCUGAAAAAACAAGCGCUGUACAAAGCAUCAGUAUUUCCACAUGGAUAUGGAUUCAUAUUGGAUUGUUCUUUACAACCAGGAGUUGAAAAAAUCUCAUAUUUUGUUUCCUGCUCCUAAGUAAAACCGAGUUCACCAUUUCAUCAGGUCCUCCCCUGUAGUUGAGCGGCAGCUCUGGGUCUUCCACAUAAACACAGAAGACGGCACCAGACACAGACGUGCCGUAGAGAGGAAGUGCAACAAAAAGGCUGCUGAAAAUUGCGGGACAGCUCCAAAUAGUUUUCCGUUUUCCAGACCGAGAAAUGAGCAACCAAAAAUUGCCACAUGUGGUAUCGCAUAAAAGGAAAACAGAUGUAUAAAUCUGUACAAAAAUAAACACUUGAAUCCUAAUUGAAUUAAAUCAAAUUAAAUGCAUUGUAUGAUAUUAAAGGCUACGUUCACAUUACAAGCUUCUUUGCCCAAUUCCGAUUUUUUUGUAUCAGAUCUAUCUUGAUGGUUCACAUUUUUAACCACAAGUGACCCAUAUUUGUCUUUAACGUGAAUGCACAUGUCCCCAGAAACGGACAAUUGUUUCCAGCACUACUCGGAUUCAGUAGUUUCCUUACAAUUCAGCGUAAAUCAUUGGGAAAAAUCCACAUGAAUUCCAAUCAGACCAUUCUCAUAUCGAUGUUUCUAUAUGUAUCUAGGACCAAGUAUGAAAGUGGCUCAGGUCUGAUUUUUGUGUUCAGAUCAACCAGAUCUGCGUCAAAACGGCUACCAAGUGGCACAACAGAAAAGCGUUCACCCUAUCACCAGGAGAUCGAGAGUUCAAAACCAGACGAUGCCACAGCCGUCCCUGGUCGGGAGUCUAGGGAGCGAAUUUGUCUGUGCUCUCUGGGUGGGAGGGGCAUAGCGACACUAGCCAAUUGUGGGCGUCUGUGAGCUCGUGUAUGUAGAAGAGGGCGGAUUGCACGUUCCUUUUCUACGUGUGUUACGCAGUUUGAAAAGAUGCGGUUGGCUGGCUUCACGUGUCUCAGAGAAAGCUCACGUUAGCCUUCACCCUCCCCAGAAAAUCGGAUUUGUGUCACUUCAACCUGGUAAUGUGAACGUAGGGGGGAAAAAAACAAAGGAAAACCAAACCUACCACAUGGUGAAAUGGGUUAGCAGAAAAUAUUCCGACCAAACUUCCUACCCUACAGAGACUUCUAUUUUUUCAACUGUGUAAUAUAAGGAACUCCUGGUGUGCCCAGGGCCUUAGUUUAGAACUUCUGAAAAUGUUUACCUGCAUGCCAAACACAAGAGCAGGACGACGACGACUUCUCUGAGCCAUCAGUGUUGGUCACGUACUCAUGACUACAUUAUUACGUUACGAUUAUUUCUAUAGUUGUCUAGGAAAAUCAUACGUGACGAAUCAUUUUUACAGUUUUAUACACUGCCAAAUAUUUGAUCAAGUGGUGUGCAGAGCAUAUGAUUGUUAUGGUUCAGGAAAAUAGAAAAAAACAAAACAACAACAAAAAAAAAAAAACGCAGAAAACUACAGUUUCUCAUUGAAAGACACAAAGAGACAGUGAUGAUGGCGUAAUCUGAAAUCCUGUACCAACAAAAUGAUGUCACACUCUGCACCGCAGGACCACACAGAACUUCACAUACAUCACUUCCUGUAGGAUUAAACCCACCUACGCAUAUCCUAUUCUUUAUUUAUUUAUUUAUUUAUUUAUUUUUGUUGUUGUUUUCAAAUAUAAUGGUCAUCCAGCGAUAUGCACAAUAUCAGGUUGCAAUAUAAACUUUAUGUAUGAAAUUUCAUAGCUAAUAUGUUUUAUUAUUGGUUCAUUAAUUUAUGAAUUGUAAUACAUGUGACAUUAAUUUAUAAAUGUGAUUUAAUUGCGUAUGUAUAUAAUAUAUAAAAAAAUUAUAAUAAUAACAAUAAUAACAAUAAUAAUAAUAACAGCAUGUUAAUCUUCUCUAUGGUCAGACUUUCCGAGUUGUUCCUUUUAAUUUUUUUGACGUGAAUGGGAGUACAUGUUUACAGUGAAUAUGGAAAAUAUGGAUUCAUCUCAAAUGUGAUUUUGAUUCUCAUUUGAAUACAUGGCAGAAAAAAAAAAAGUCAACCUGGACCACAUUUUGGCUGUGUCUUCAGUUGUUUUGCGUCUGAUCUCGGAGGUUUACAUUCACACGGCUUCGCCUCACACUCAAAACAACGACAGACAAUUUAAAAAAGAGAGAGAGAGAGAGAGAGAAAGAAAGUUUAACAUUCAGCAUUAGAAGAGAGCUGUUUUUCUCUUAAAGCAUUGGUUUCUCUCUCUGAAGGCCCAUUUGCUGUCCUGGUUUAAAUUUCCACACAGACGUAAAGCUACAGCCCCAAUCAGUAAGUGCUGAGACGGCAUGGUGGCUGCUCCGGGAUUAGGAGGAUAUGAGUUUGCUCAUUUAAAGACAUUUUACAGUUAUUAAAAAGCAUCUGCUUUCACAGCACUCAACACUGGUUUAACCGUAAUGCCAAUUCCUGACUAGAAAUUAUUUUAUAUCCCUUUACAUCUGAUUUAUAAUACGACACUUUCGUACACUGCAGUUACCAUUUAAUAUAUAGCUGUAAUGGAUUUGUGCCAAUUAGAGAUUAGUGCGGCGUUUGUCGAGAACAUGAGGUCGUGAUGGAAAUGAACAGUUAAUGCAUGUUCUCCAGUGAAGAAUGAUUGUUCCUUCAGUCUUAACACAAACUCGUCUCAGUGCGUAAUGAAAUGUUGCUUCAUUUGAUGUAAUAUACAUGCAAUCUGAUAGAAAUAUGUACAUUGUUUUAUACACAAAAUUACGCUGUGUGCUUAUUCACAAACAAGACGUCAAGUUUAUGAGUCACUCUCCAAACAGGGUGACUUUCUGAUCGGCAAAAUGUUCAUAUUUUGGAUUAUGUUUUCAUCUGGAAAGUGGGAAUGUAUCGUAUGGAAAUUCUUUGGAACGUGGUGCCAUUACUUUAAAUCACCGGAGUUAUUAAUUGUCUCUGGUGUUAUGAGCACAAGUGCCAAGUACAACAGCAGCAAAUUUCCUUAAUCAUUAAUCAAAAAAUCAUUAAUAACACCAGCGUCAAUAAAUUAUUCUAUUUAAAAUUAUUUUGCAGGUCAGUUUGAAUGAUGUAACUCCAAUGACACGUCUAAAUUAUUGAUACAUGAAAUAUAGAAUUUAUGAGUAAAUGAAUAACUUAUAGAGUGUGGAGGGAAACUCACCGGGUGCUGCUUAAAAUGGCCGCCCUUCUGAACUUUGACCCCGGAAGCACUUAUUCACAAUAAAAGUAAGUUUUUAAAAACACCAAUGACAUGAAGUGCAGGGUGACUGGUGAAAAAAUAAGACUCUUCUUAAAUUAUUUAUAUUAUUAAAAACGUUUUAUUCUGCUAAUUUACAUAUCUGAUAGACCUUAUACUUCCGUUCCACAUUAUCGUGUGACAUUGAAGUGAAUAAGGAAUAUUUUUAAAAUAGGUUUAUAAUUUGUAUUUUGAUGAUUAGUAACUGUAGUCUAGCCAAUGAUGAAGCUGUAAUUAAUCUCUAAAAUGAUUGACAUCAGAAAUGUUUAUUAAUAAUGAAAAGCGUGAUCAAAAAAGCAGCUGCCAAAUAAUAAAUAUCAUAAUCCUUAAUCUUAAUCUGAAUUUAACAUUAAAAGUAUUAUUAGUCAUGUCCUGACGUGUUUUAUUCCUCUUACACCACAGCAGUUUGCCACCGAUAGCAUUUAUCCAUUUAUAGUUACAUUUUACUUUAUUAUAUAAAACAUAUAAACUUCCAUAAACUCCUUCCAUAAAAAAUAAUAAAUAAACGUCUCCUUACAGAAAACUUAACCAUAUCAACAUUUUUUAAAAUCUGUGUAUUAUUAGUGGAGAGUCUGCCAUAUACAUCCCUGUCAAUGAGCCGUUACUAUAGAAACGUAUUAGAAAAUUAAAAUCGACACCUUCUGACCAAUCAGAAUCGAGAACUCAACAGUAAUGUGGUACUUUUUAACCAGUAACUCUGCUUCGUUAUAAUUAAUCGCCUGUUUAUUUGUUAAUUCGUUUAGCUACUGAUUGUUCAUUUGUACAUCUCAUGAGUUCGAUUAUUGACGUCAGUAGAUUCUUUGAUACUUUGAUGAUUAAAACCGUCAGAUCUCGACUCCAGUCCUGCUGAAGUUUUCCCUUCCGCCGACCCGAAAGAUCCGACUGAUCAGCUAAUUAUUUAAUCCUUUAAUGAGAGGAGGGAGAACUUCAAACUGUACAGGGCAGGGCUUCCCCAGGACUAAUUUAAAUAUGAUCUUAAAAAUCUUAAAAAUCCUGUCCCCUGACCUCGUAAAGGGAAAAAAAAUAUUCAAAUUAUUCUCAUUUUCUCAAGUUCAUUAGCAGCAUCUUUUUUUUUCAAUCUGCAUAUGAAAUUACGGAUGUGAAUAUCUCUUAUUCUCGCACCUUUUUAAUAUUAUGUUAAGACUAUAAAUUUAAUUUAAAUGCUAAAACUCCUAACACAUGGCUUUAACUGUUAUCAUCUCUUAACACUUAAAGUUAAAAAAAAAGCAGAUGUACUGAUAUACUGUUGUAGUCCUAAUGAGGGUUUGGGUCUAGCGUAAUGGCAGCUGUGUAUGAAGCAGUGAUAUCUGUGCUAAUGCAGUUCAACAAACAUUAGGUCCUUUUAUCAUCUACAGCUAUAACAAUCUGCCAGCAUUACGCACUCCGUCUCGUAGCCUUCGCUUCGCUCUUCGACCCCUCGGGCGCCUGUGUGCUGUGUCGCCAUGCUUUUCAUUUCCACAGAAGGUUGUUCCCGGGUCAGCGGAGCUAUACGAGUCCUAAAUUUCUGCACAUCUCAACAUACUGGAGUGGGAUCACUGAGUCAGAGCGUGAUGGCCACGCUCCUGGAGCAGGGGGCUGAGUUUCUUGCUCAGUAAUGUUCUAGCAGGCCAAAGUCCAGCACUCUUACACACAACUUCCUAAUAAACACCAUUAUCAGAGCUGUACAUUUAUUAAAUCACUGGUCCAAGGCAGAAACUAGAGUGUGUGUAUGUUAUACAGGGUUUUACACUAACCACCAGAUGUUUGGAGGGGAAAAAAGCUGCCCCUUGUCUGUUUUAGUUAAG